AUGGCUGGCAGCCCGCCUCGGAUCCACGGGUGCCGCGAAGAGCACCAGACCGUACUGAUUGUCAUGAGACACCCCUCGCGGUUGGGGCCCAUAUCUUCAUCGAGACAACCAGGCAUCAUCAUCAUCAUCAUGAAUGCCGUAAAUUAUGGCGCUGAGAGACUCGUUGCAAGUACAGUGGCAGCGACAGAUCUCCGGGCGGGAGCCUCUCCGGUGAUUGCCACGAUACCUGCAGAGGGCGUUACAAUCGUUCAUGGAAUUGCGCAUGGAGAUCGGGGAUAUGAACGGCUGAGGGACAAGCUGAGUAGGAUAGGAGUAGUUUCCAACACUUGA